AUGAUUUUUAAGAAGCAUUUUGAGGAUGUGCUCAAAGAGAAGGGAAUUUCAGUAAUAAUGCUGAGUGCAAUUCGUCGAUUGGCAUGCCGAGCUGGCUCAAGACGUGCGCUGUCCGUCUGUAGUGGCAAUCGCUUUGCGGUGAGUAGAACUUCGCAAACGGCACAAUACAAAGUGAUCGACCAUGCCUAUGAUGUGGUUAUCGUUGGUGCAGGUCUUGCAUUACCUCAAUCAUCGAUCAUCUGA